AUGAAUAAUAGAUGGUCUAUUUCUAAUUAAGCUCCUUUGUAGUAAUCUCGUCACAAAUAAGAGAUUGAUAAUUCGAAUGUACCUAACAAUCAACCUGCACAUCAUGUUAAAAAUGAUGAAUAAGUGAGAUAACUCUGUCAAAAAGAUAGUCCGAUUCCUUCGUAAAUUUAUUAUCAAUAUCAUUAUAAAGUGAAAAUAGAUCACGGAUAAAGAGUUCCUAUGACAUAGCAAAAUCAAGCAUAUCUCAAAAAUAUGAAAAAAGUAUAAUUCCAUAAUAUUAUUAUUAGCUGAAACUUCGUAUUCUCCUAUAAUAAAGUCAAAUUACUAAAGAGAUAUUUCUCCUCAAUUCUAAAAGAAUGAGAACCAUAAAUUGUUAGAUUCAUAUGAAGUUCGAUUAAUGAAGUUAAGUCAAGAGAAUGGAUAAUUAUAAAGUUAAUUAUUUUCAGAUCAAUAAAAAUACAACUAAAUAAUUAUUGAUUUUGAGUUACAAACUAAAUGUUUAGAAUAAAAGUUACAUACAGAAAUAAUGAAUAUAUAAUAGCAUAAAUUGUUAAUAUAAAACAAAAAUGAAGAAAUUAAUGCAUCAACUUAAGAAUUAUUAAGAUUGGAACAAAAGUAUUUUGAUUUAGAAUCUAAAGUAUGAUUAUAUUAAUUAUUCAAAAGAUGUUUCAAUAACAAAAAGAUAUGGGAAUAUUAAAAUAAUCAAAUGAUUCAAAAAUUAUAGAAAUAGAUAAUUUAAGAUAAUAUAUUAAAGAACUUUAAACUAAGAAUAUAAGGGAUUAAGAGGAAUUAAAAUUAGCUACUGAUAGUUCUAUUCGUAUUAAUUAUGAAUUAUAGAUAAAAGAAAUUUAAGUUUAACAUGGUAACAAUAUUGCUAGAUUGAAUGAUUUAUUAUAAUAGGAAUAAUAAAAAUAUAAUAGAUUAUUAAAUUAAUUUGAAUAAUAAAUGAAUGAAUUAAAUUAUUAGAAUAUUAAGUUGAAUGAUUUAAAGAUUGAGAAAGAUAAAUUAUUUGAUGAGAAUGCUAAAUUAUAAAGAUUUUUAGAAGAAAUUAAAGUAUAGUAACUAGAAUUUUUGAGAGAAUCAGAUUCACAAAGAGAUAGAUAAAUGUAAUAAGAUAAAAAUCAUUAAAAUACACUUAAUGAAUUAAAAUCUCAUUAUGAAUAUAUGAAAAAAUCUUAGGUAGAGAGGGAAGUUAAGGAAGUAACUAUUAAAUUUUAGGCAGAUAAAUUGAAUUAUGAAUCUCAAAUAAGAUCUUUAAAUUAAAGAUUGAUAGAAUUUGAAGGAAAGAUUAAUUUAAAGAAUGAAGAGAAUCGAUAAUUACAAUAAAAGUAAUAAGCCAUUGAAUCUGAAUUAAGAAUUUUUGUUUAAGAUCAUGAACAUUAUAAGAGAAUUAAAGAAAGUGAAUUAUAAGAAUAUUAAAAUGAAUUCUAAAAAUUUAAAUAAUUGUAAUUUGAAACUUAAUAGAAAAACUAAAAUUAAUAGAAUGAGAUUUAGAGAUUAAAUUAAAUUAUUAAUGAUUUUAAAACUGAAAUUGAUCUUGUAAAAUCUUAAUCUUAAGAAAUUCAAAAGUAAUUUUUAAUUGAAUAUGAAGAUGAUCUUAAAAAUUAAAAAUUAAAAUAAUAAUAUGAAAUUAAAUAAUUAUAGGAUCUAAUUAAUGAAUUAAAAAAUUAAAAUUAAUAAUAAGAUUUAAUUAUAAAAUAAAAAGAUGAAAUAGUACAUCAAUAAAAAUUAAAUGUAUCUCAAAAAUAAGGAGAAAUUGAUGGAUUGACAUUGAAAUUAGAAAAUUUAGAAAAACUUAAAGAUUAAGAAAUACAUUAAUAUUAAAGUGAAAUCGAAAACCUUUAAAGAGAAUAACAUUUAUCUCUAAAUAAAUUAACAAAUGAGAAAAGUCUUUUAGAAUAAUAAAUUAAAUAAUUGAAACAAAAAUUAAAUGAUUUUGAGACUUAAUAAAUAUAAUAAGAAUUCAAUAAGGAAUAAGAAAGAUAAGAAUUAUAAUAAAAAUUAUAAUAAAAAGAAUUUCAAUUAUAAUAAUUUUAAAAUGAAAAAAAUAGUAUCAGCUCUCAAUUGACUGUAUAUAAAUAGAAAAUUGAGUAAUUUGAUUAAAUAAUAUCAGAAUUAAGAGAAUAGAAUUAGUAAAUUAAUUAGGAAAUAGAAGAUCAGAAAUAAUAGAAUGAAAGUGAUAGAGCUUAAUUUGUAAAGAAAGAACUUGGAUUGGAAAAUAAGAUAUAACAAUUAAAAUAAUAAAUAAAUUAAAGAGAAUAAGAAUUGUAAUAGUAUCUUAGUGAAUUAGACACUACUAAUAAUAGAGUUCGUUAAUAAGAGUUAAUUACAUAAUAAAGUUAAGAUGAAUUUAGAAGAAGGGAACAUUAAUAUGUUCAAGAAAUUACAAAUUUAAAAUAACUUAUGGAUACUACUUAACAAAGAUAAAGUGAAUAUUAAAGUAUGAGAGAAACAUUGUAAGAAUAAGUUUAAAGUUUAUAAGAGAAAAGUUAAAAUAAAGAAAAAGAAGUUGAAGAAUAAUAAUAAAAGUAUGAAGAUUUAAGAGAGUAAUUUAAUCAAUAUGUAGAAGAGACUAACACAAAAUUGGAAUAUUAUUAAACAAUAGAAUAUGAGAGGAAGGAAUCAGAUUUGAAAUAUUAAGCAGAAUUGGUAAUUAAUUAUGUAUUAUUUUUAGAAUGCUGCUUAAGAUAAGAUAAGAGUCUUAGAAAUAGAAUUAGAAACUCUAUAAUUAAGAUAGAAUCAACUUCUUAAAGAAAGAAGAGAAUUAGAAGAUUUAUUAGAUGAAAAAUCAAAAGAAAUUGAAUCACUUAAAAAUUAACUUAAUAAAGAUUAUAUUUCAAAUGAAGAAUAUACAUUAUUAUAAAAAAAGUAUAAUGAAUAAACAGAUGAAUUACAUUUAUUAGAAUAAAAACAAAUUAAAUUUGGUACUGAAAAAAAACAAUUAGAAAGAUAAAUAGAUAAAUUGAAUUAAGAUAUUGAACUUAAAGAUUAAGAACUUUUAUAGACUGAUAAUUUAAUGAAAAAAAGAAGAAGUGAAUAAGAUGAAUUAAAUAGAAAAAUUGAUUAAUUAACUAAAGAUUAUUCAAAAGUAUCCCAUGAUUUAUUAGAUGUGUAAGCCUAAUUAAGUACAAAAAAUGAUUAAAUUAAUGCUUUGAAAAGAGAAAAUGAAGAUUUAUAGAUCUAAUUAGCUUCUGCAAAAAAAUAAUAUGAGAAAACAUAAGAAUAAUUAAAUAAAAAGAAUUAAGAAUUAUUAGAAAAAUUUAAUGAUGCUGAAAUCAAAAAGUCAUACUCUUCUGGUGAAAAUACAGCAACAAAAGUCUUAACUGCAACUACAAUUAUUAAGACAUCCCAAGUGUAGCUUAAUACUCCUUUAAUUCCAGAAGAAGAGAGUUAAAAAGGAACUGAAAGAUCAGAUUAACAAUUUAAGGUAUUCAAUUAAUAAUCUAAUUAGGUAUCUCAAAAAAGUCAAGAAUUUUGA